AUGCUGCUCCCUGUGUUCUUCGGGAUGACCUGGGCACUGGCUAAUGGGCGGUGGUGUGAAUGGACGGAGACAAUCCAUGUGGAAGAGGAAGUGGCUCCUCGCCAGGAGGACCUGGUACCUUGCACCAGUCUCUACCACUACAGUCGCCUCGGCUGGCGACUGGCCCUGCCCCAGAGCAGCCACACAGGACUCUGUCCCAUCUACAAGCCCCCGGAAACCCGGCCUACCACGUGGAACCGCACAGUGAGGGCAUGCUGCCCAGGCUGGGGUGGCACCCAGUGUACUGAGGCCACCACGGUCAUUGCCAAAGCCAGCACUGUCAGCCAUUGCUUUGCCACCUGGCAUUGCCAGCUGCUGGCAGGCUCAGUGAAUGCUUCAGCAGGCAGCCUGGAAGAGUGUUGUGCCCAGCCCUGGGGACACAGCUGGUGGAAUAGCAGCUCCCAGGCCUGCCUCAGCUGCUCCAGCCUGUACCUCCCAGGCAACACCUCCUCCCGUGCCCUCCUGCAGCCCCUGGCAGGGGCGGUGGGCCAGCUCUGGAGCCAGCACCAGCGUCCCUCAGCCACCUGCAGCACCUGGUCGGGCUUCCACUUCCAUACCUUUGAUGGGCGCCACUACCACUUCCUGGGCCACUGCACUUAUCUGCUGGCAGGCAUGGCUGAUUCCACCUGGGCUGUCCACCUGAGGCCUGGGGGCCACUGUCGCCAGCCUGGACCUUGUCAGCUGGUCCGUGUGGCAAUGGGCCCCGAGGAGGUGCUGAUCCAGGGUGGCAGUGUCUCUGUGGAUGGGCAGGUUGUCCCUGAGGGGGAGUCUCGACUGCUCCAUGGGCUGAGCCUGCAGUGGCAGGGGGACUGGCUGGUGCUGGCAGGGGGCCUGGGAGUCGUGGUACGACUGGACAGGUCCAGCAUGGUCUCCAUCUCGGUGGACCACGAGCUCUGGGGACACACACAGGGCCUCUGUGGGCUCUACAACGGCCAGCCUGAGGAUGACUUUGUGGAGCCAGGCGGGGGACUGGCCCUGCUAGCGGCUACCUUCGGCAAUUCCUGGAAGCUCCCGGACUCCGAGCCUGGGUGUCUAGAUGCAGUGGAGGCAUCCCAGGGCUGUGAAGGCCCCCUGAGGGACGCGGAGUCAAGCGUGGACCCUGGGCAGCUACAGGCUGAAGCCCAGGACCUGUGCCAUCAGUUACUGGACAGUCCGUUCUGGCAGUGCCAUGUCCAGGUUCCCCCAGAUGAAUACCACGAAGCUUGCCUCUUUGCCUACUGUGCAGGGGCCACGGAGGACAGCGGUCGUGAGGGGCGGCAGGAGGCUGUGUGUGCCACCUUCACUGCCUACGCCCAGGCCUGUGCAAAGCAGCAUGUUUAUAUACACUGGCGACAGCCCGGCUUCUGUGAGCGCCUGUGCCCCGGAGGCCAGCUCUACUCGGACUGUGUCUCCUCAUGCCCACGCAGCUGCUCAGCAGUGGGUGAGGCUGAGGAGGGGUCCUGCCGAGAAGAGUGUGUGAGCGGCUGUGAGUGCCCAGCUGGCCUCUUCUGGGAUGGUGCCCUCUGCGUGCCUGCUGCCCGCUGCCCCUGCUACCAUCGGCGCCAGCGUUAUGGCCCUGGUGACACUGUGCGCCAGCUGUGUAACCUGUGUGUGUGCCAGGAUGGCCUCUGGCACUGCGCCCAGGCUCGGUGCCCUGCUGAGUGUGCAGUGGGCGGGGAUGGCCACUACCUCACCUUGGAUGGGCGGAGCUUCUCUUUCCGAGGUGCCCUGGGGUGUCACUACCACCUGGUGCAUGACUACGUGAAGGGGCGGAUGCUGGUGACACUCGAGCACGGGGCCUGCAACUUGGGGAGCUGCCUCCAUGCCCUGUCUGUCUCUCUGGGGGACAUCUGGGUCCAGCUCAGCGACUCAGGAGCUGUGCUGGUUGAUGGGCAAGAUGUACCCUUGCCCUGGAUGGGUGCCCGGGGGCUCAGCGUCUCUCAUGCCUCCUCCACCUUCCUGCUGCUGCGCUGGCCUGGGGUUCAUAUCCUGUGGGGAGUAGGCGACCCAGCAGUCUACAUCACCCUGGAUCCCCGCCUUGCCCAUCAGGUGCAGGGGUUGUGUGGCACCUUCACCUGGAACCAGCAGGAUGACUUUCUGACCCCUGCGGGGGAUGUGGAAACCAGCAUUACUGCCUUCAUUAGCAAGUUCCAGGUGCCUGGCAAGGAAGGGUGCUCCCCAGGGGACACAGCCCUCCUUUCCCCCUGCAGCGUCCACUCCCAGCGCCAUGCUUUUGCGGAGGCAGCCUGUGCCAUCUUACAAGGCCCACCCUUUCAGGAGUGCCACGGGCUAGUGGACAGGGAGUCAUUUCAUCUGCGCUGCUUGGCAGCCGUGUGUGACUGUGCCCCUGGCAGGGACUGCUUCUGUCCAGUGCUUUCUGCCUAUGCGCACCGCUGUGCCCAGGAGGGUGCCCCUGCUCUCUGGAGGAACCAAACCCUAUGCCCUGUACUGUGUCCUGGAGGCCAAGAGUACCAGGAGUGUGCCCCAGCGUGUGGCCUGCACUGUGGCCAGCCAGCAGACUGUGGGGAGCUGGGGGGUUGCGUGGCUGGUUGUAACUGCCCCCAAGGGCUACUGUGGGACCCUGAGGGCCAGUGUGUGCCCCCCAGCCUGUGCUCCUGCCAGCUUGGAGACCACCGCUAUGCACCUGGAAGUGUCGCCACAAAGGACUGCAACUACUGCAUAUGCCAGGACAGGGGCAUCUGGAACUGCACAGCUCGUCGCUGCCCUCCUCAGCGGGCCAUCUGUCCCCCACCGCUUGUCUAUGCUCCUGGUGCCUGCCUCCUCACAUGUGACAGCCCCAGCGCCAACCACUCCUGCCCUGUGGGCAGCUCGGCCAGCUGUGUGUGUCCCCCAGGCACUGUGCUGCUGGAUGACCGCUGCGUGCCUCCUGAUCUCUGUCCUUGCCGGCACAGUGGGCAAUGGUACCCACCCAAUGCCACCAUCCUGGAGGACUGCAAUGUUUGUGUGUGCCGGGGCCGGCAGUGGCACUGCACGGGGCAUCAGUGCAGUGGGCGGUGCCAGGCCUCUGGCGCCCCUCACUAUGUGACCUUCGACGGACUGGCCCUCACCUUCCCCGGGGCCUGUGAGUACUUGCUGGUGAGGGAAGCCAGCGGCCGCUUCAGCAUCUCUGCCCAGAACCUGCCCUGUGGGGCCAGUGGCCUCACCUGCACCAAGUCCCUGACUGUGCGGCUGGAGAGCACCAUCGUGCACCUACUCCGAGGCCGUGCAGUGAUGGUGAAUGGGGUGAGCGUAACACCCCCCAAGACCUACACAGGUCCUGGGCUGAACCUGCGCCGGGCCGGCCUCUUCCUGCUGCUGACAGCUCGUCUGGGCCUUACCCUGCUCUGGGAUGGAGGCACCCGGGUCCUGGUGCAGCUGUCCCCUCAGUUCCGUGGGCGCGUGUCCGGAUUGUGCGGAGACUUCGAUGGAGAUGCCAGUAAUGACCUGCGGAGCCGCCAGGGAGUGCUGGAACCCACAGCUGAGCUGGCCGCCCACUCCUGGCGCCUCAGUCCCCUAUGUCCCGAACCUGGAGAGAUCCCACAUCCUUGCACGGUGAAUGCCCACCGGGCCGCCUGGGCUGAGGCCCGGUGCGGGGUGCUGCUGCAGCAGCUUUUCGCCAGCUGCCAUUCGGAGGUGGCACCACAGCAGUACUAUGAGUGGUGUGUUUACGACGCCUGCGGCUGUGAUUCUGGAGGCGACUGCGAAUGCCUCUGUUCAGCAAUUGCCACUUACGCAGACGAAUGUGCGCGGCGAGGCCACCACGUGCGCUGGCGCAGUCAGGAGCUGUGCGCCCUACAAUGUGAAGGUGGACAGGUGUAUGAAGCCUGUGGCCCCACAUGUCCCGCAACCUGCCAUGGCCACCAGCCUGAGUCUGAGUGGCAGUGCCAGGCAGUCACCUGCGUGGAGGGCUGCUUCUGUCCAGAGGGGACCCUGCUGCAUGGAGGAAGCUGCGUGGAGCCAGCUGCCUGUCCCUGUGAGUGGGGCGGCAGCUCCUUCCUUCCAGGGACUGUGCUGCAGAAGGACUGUGGGAAUUGCACCUGCCAGGAGAGCCAGUGGCACUGUGGAGGUGAUGGUGCCCGCUGUGAGGAGCUGGUGCCUGGCUGUGCAGAGGGUGAGGCUCCGUGCCAGGACAGCGGGCACUGUGUGCCCUAUGAAUGGCUUUGUGACAACCAGGACGACUGCGGUGAUGGGUCUGAUGAGGAGGGCUGUGCUACUCCAGGCUGCACUGAGGGCCAGGUGACCUGUAGCUCUGGCCGCUGCCUGCCCCUGGCCUUGCUCUGCGACGGGCAGGAUGACUGUGGAGAUGGCACGGACGAGCGAGGUUGCCCAUGUCCCCCGGACUCACUGGCCUGUGCUGAUGGGCGCUGCUUGCCCCCCAUGUUACUCUGUGACGGGCACCCUGACUGCCCGGAUGCCGCUGAUGAAGAGUCAUGUCUAGGGCAAGGGGACUGCGUGCCUGGGGAGGUGUCAUGUGCUGAUGGCAUCUGCGUGCCGACCUUCCAGCUGUGUGAUGGAGUCUGGGACUGUUCGGAUGGAGCUGAUGAGGGGCCUGGGCACUGCCCCCUGCCCUCCCUGCCCAUGCCUCUUCCUGGCACCUUGCCUGGCCCCUCCACUUUGGCCACUAUGCUAAGUCCCUUGGCCAGCAGCAGCCCUGCGUCGCCUUGCGGCCCCUGGGAGUUUCCGUGCAGCAGCGGCGAGUGCACCCCGCGGGGCUGGCGCUGCGACCAGGAAGAGGACUGCGCUGAUGGCAGCGACGAGCUGGACUGCGGCCGGCCCUGCGCGCCACAGCACGUGCCCUGUGCCCACGGCCUUCACUGUGUGGCCCUGGGGCAGCUGUGCGACGGCGUGCCGCAGUGCCCCGAUGGCUCGGAUGAGGGCCCCGCAGCCUGCGGGACACUGCCAACCCUUGGAGGCCCCAACAGGACAGGGGUCCCCUGCCCAGAAUAUGCCUGUCCUAAUGGCUCCUGCAUUGGUUUCCAGCUGGUGUGUGAUGGGCAGCCUGACUGUGCCUCAGCAGGAGAAGCAGGGCUCUCUCCAGAAGAGCAAGGCUGUGGGACCUGGGGUCCCUGGGGUCCCUGGGGGCCGUGCAGUGAGACCUGUGGGCCUGGAGUGCAGGACCGGAGCCGCCCCUGCUCCCCGCCCAGGGCCCCUGUGUUGCAGCACUGCCCAGGCCCUGAGCACGAGUCUCAGACCUGCUUCACUGUGGCCUGCCCAGUGGACGGCAAAUGGAGCUCCUGGUCCCCCUGGUCUGUGUGCUCUGCCCCAUGCCGAGGCACCGUGACGCGGCAGCGGCAGUGCCACCCACCCCACAAUGGAGGCCAGCCCUGUGCCCUGCUCCCCGGGGGCCCACACAACACCCACCAGACCAAGCCCUGCUCCCAGGAUGGCUGCCCCAAUGCCACCUGCUCCGGGGAGCUGGUGUUCUGGCCCUGUGCCCCCUGCCCUCUGACCUGCAAUGACCUCUCCGGCCAGGCCAAAUGCCCACCUGACCGAUCCUGCAGCAGCCCAGGCUGCUGGUGCCCAAAAGGGCAGGUGAUGGACAAUGAGGGACGAUGCGUGUGGCCAUGGCAGUGCCCCUGCCUAGUGGACGGUGCCCUCUACUGGCCUGGGCAGCGCAUCAAGGCCAACUGCCAACUCUGUGUGUGCCAGGAUGGGAGGCCCCAACGCUGCCGGCCCAACCCGAACUGUGCAGUGAGCUGUGGCUGGUCAUCCUGGUCCCACUGGGCGGAGUGCCUGGGUCCCUGUGGGAGCCAGAGCAUCCAGUGGUCCUUUCGGAGCUCCACCAACCCCCGCCCCUCAGGUCGAGGUCAGCAGUGCCGUGGCAUCCACCGCAAGGCUCGCAGGUGCCAGACAGAGCCCUGUGAGGGCUGUGAGCAGAGGGGCCAGGUCCACCGUGUCGGGGAGCGCUGGCGCGGGGGCCCCUGCCUGGUGUGCCAGUGUCUGCACAACCAGACCAUACACUGCUCCACGUACUGCCCACUGGGCAGCUGCCCUGAGGGCUGGGUCCUGGAGGAAGGCAUGGGAGAAUCGUGCUGCCACUGUGCCCUGCCUGGGCAGAACCACACAUUGUCCCCCAUGGCCACUCCUGCGCCAGCUCCAGUGCCCAGUGCCCAGAUCGGAGCCCCUCUGACCACCUACGUUCUGCCUUCACUGGGCGAUCCCUGCUACGCACCCCUGCACUUGGCCCCAGCACCCGAGGCGAGCUUGCACACAUCGUCCCAACCACCACAGCGCACACCCUGGGCUGCCCUCCUGGGGGCUCCCACCAGGGGCCCCAGCACUCAGGGACAGAGCCAUGGAGAGGACACAUCCAGUGAGUGGCUCACUUGGCCGCCCUACCUGCAGCUGGACAUGUUGCAGCCCCGAAACCUCACUGGCAUCGUCAUAUCGGGGGCUGGGCCCUCCAAUGCUGCUGCCUCCAGCUUCUCACUCCAGCUGAGCAGUGAUGGUCUACACUGGCAUGAUUACCGUGACAUCCUGCCGGGCACCCUGCCCUCGCCCAAGCUUCUCCCUAGGGGUUGGGGCAAUGAGGCCCCCGAGGUGUGGACAUUUGGCCGCAUGGUGCAGGCGAGGUCCAUCCGAGUGUGGCCCCACCAUGUCCCCCACAGCACAAUCCGGCACAGCAACUUUCUGCGGGCUGAGCUGCUUGGCUGUGAGCCAGCCUGGAGUGAGUGGACAGAGGCCCCGAGGAAAGGAGUGGCCACUGUGCUCCAAGUCACACAGCUCAAGGUCACCAUAGGACCGAGCCUCAGCCCCAGGUUCCUGAGCAGGUUCCGAUUUUCUCACUAUCUCAAGGAGAAGGCCGAAGAGGAGGGAGGCCAGAGCAAGGUGCCAACCCCCUUCCCGCCCACACGGUGUGGUCCCAGCCAGAUGUCUUGUGCCAUCCUGGGCUGUGUGGAGCAGGAGCAGCUGUGUGAUGGGAGGGAGGACUGCCUGGAUGGCUCUGACGAGAGACACUGUGCAAGCCCCCUACCCUUCACAGUGCCCACCAGGGCUCUACCAGGUCUGCCAGCCUCGCAUGCCCUCUGCUCCCCGAGCCAGCUGAGCUGUGGCAGUGGAGAGUGCCUGCCCCUAUGGCGGCGGUGUGACCUCCAGCCCGACUGCCAGGAUGGCUCUGAUGAAGAUGGCUGUGUGGACUGUGUGCUAGCUCCCUGGUCCAGCUGGAGCAGCUGCAGUCACAGCUGUGGCCUGGGCCUCACCUUCCAGCGCCGGGAGCUGCUGCGACCUCCCCUGUCUGGGGGUGGCUGUCCGCUGAACCAACUCCGCAGCCAGUCCUGCUUUGUGCAGGCCUGCCCAGUGGACGGGACAUGGACUGAGUGGGAGGCCUGGGGACCCUGCAGCGUGUCCUGUGGGGGUGGCCACCAGAGUCGCCGGAGAAGCUGUGUGGAUCCCCCGCCCAAGAAUGGCGGUGCCCCCUGCCUGGGGACCUCCCAGGAGAGGGUGCCCUGCAGCUUGCAACCCUGCACGGGUGGCACAGACUGUGGGCCAGACCGUGUGUAUGUGAGUGCCGACCAAUGCCAGCAGGGCCUGGUGCCCCCGUGUCCCCCGUCCUGCCUGGAUCCCGAGGCCAACAAAAACUGCAGUGGGCACUGUGUGGAGGGAUGCCGCUGCCCACCUGGGCUCUUCCUCCUGGACAGUCGCUGCCUGCCCCUCUCUGAUUGCCCUUGCCUCGUGGGCGAGGAGCUGAGGCCGUCGGGGGUGUCCUUUGUCCUGGACAACUGCAGCCACUGCGUGUGUGAGAAGGGGGCACUUCUGUGCGAACCAGGGGGCUGCCCCCAGGCAUGUGGCUGGUCAGCCUGGUCUUCGUGGGCUCCCUGUGACCGCUCCUGUGGCUCUGGAGUGAGGGUCAGGUUCAGGUCGCCCUCCAACCCUCCUGCAGCGCACGGAGGUGCCCCUUGUGAAGGUGACACACAGGAACUACAGGCUUGCCAUGCUGAGUGUGAGACAGAGGCACCAGGCUGGACUCCCUGGACACCCUGGACCUCCUGCUCCCAGAGCUGCCUGACACCCGGAGGGGACCCAGGCUUGCGCAGCCGUUCCCGGCUCUGCCCCAGCCAUGGAGCCGGGCCCUGCCUGGGAGAGGCCACCCAGGAGGAACCCUGCAACCCCCCUCUGUGCCCAGCACCCAGUGGUUGGGGUCUGUGGGCUCCCUGGACUGCCUGUUCGGCCCCCUGCAAUGGAGGGAUCCAGACCCGUGGGCGGAACUGCUCCAGCUCAGCUCCUGGGGACCGGGCCUGCCAGGGUCCCCACAGUCAGACGAAAGACUGCCACACGCAACCCUGCACAGUCCAAUGCCCGGAGGGCAUGGUGUUCCACUCGGAGGAGCAGUGCCACCAGGAGGGUGGGCCUUGCUCUCAUCUCUGCCUGGCGCAGGGCACUGGGGUGGAGUGUACGGGAUCCUGUGGCCCUGGCUGCACCUGCCCCCCUGGCCUCUUCCUGCACAAUGCCAGUUGCCUGCCCCGCAGCCAGUGCCCCUGCCAGCUGCAUGGCCGACUCUACCCACCGGGGGCAGUGGCCCGCCUGGACCGCUGCAACAACUGCACCUGCCUCUCCGGUGAGAUGGCGUGCACCUCGGAGCUCUGCCCAGUGGACUGUGGCUGGAGUCCGUGGACACCGUGGGGUCAGUGCAGCCAGAGCUGCAAUGUAGGCAUCCGACGGCGCUUCCGGGCGGCCACCGCGCCCCCAGCUGCUUUUGGGGGUGCUGAGUGCCAGGGCCCCAACAUGGAGGCUGAAUUCUGCAGCCUGCGCCCGUGUCAAGGUCCUGGUGGGGAAUGGGGCCCUUGGGCUCCGUGCUCCGUGCCCUGUGGAGGUGGCUACAGGAACCGCACCCAAGGCAGUGGCCCACACAGCCCUACGGAGUUCUCCACCUGUGGUCUACAGCCUUGUGCAGGACCAGCGGCUGGCAUGUGUCCCAAGGGUAAGCAGUGGCUGGAGUGUGCCCCAGGCCCUGCCUCCUGUGCAGAGCUCAGCACCCCACGAGGCACCAACCAGACCUGCCAGCCCGGCUGCUACUGCCCCCCAGGAAUGCUGCUGCUGAACAACAUGUGUGUGCCCACCCAGGACUGCCCCUGUGCCCAUGGUGGGCGCCUACAUCCCCCUGACAGCGUCGUGCUAUACCCCUGUGAAAACUGUUCCUGUGUGGCUGGGCUCAUCGUCAACUGUAGCUCCCGGCCCUGCGAGCAUGGUCAGCCCAGCUGGUCAGCCUGGACUCCAUGGAGUAUGUGCUCUGCCUCCUGUGGCCCUGCCCACCGCCAUCGGCACCGCUUCUGUGCCUGGCCACCCACCAUGGCACCACCCAGCCUGGCUCCACUGUCCCCGCCAGCAACACUCUCACCUUUCUGCCCAGGCUCCGAGGCUGAGGGAGAGCCGUGCCUCCUGCCCGCCUGUGACCGAGCCGGGGGCUGGGGGUCGUGGGGGCCCUGGUCCAGCUGUAGUCGGAGCUGUGGAGGAGGCCUGCGCAGCCGCACCCGGGCCUGUGAUCAGCCCCCACCCCAGGGCCUCGGGGAUUACUGCGAGGGGCCUCAGGCCCAGGGAGAAGCCUGCCAGGCCUGGCCAUGCCCAGUGACCAACUGUACCGCCAUUGAAGGGGCAACGUACAGCGCCUGUGGCCCUCCCUGCCCACGCUCCUGUGAUGACCUCCUGCACUGCAUGUGGCGCUGCCAGCCCGGCUGCUACUGCCCACCAGGCCAGGUGCUGAGUGCUGACGGGGUUGUCUGUGUGCGUCCGGAUCACUGCAGCUGCCUGGACUUGCUGACCGGGGAGUGGCACCGGCCGGGCACUCAGCUGCUGCGUCCUGAUGGCUGCAACCACUGCACCUGCCUGGAGGGGAAGUUGAACUGCACAGACCUGCCCUGCCCAGUGCCUGGAGCGUGGUGUGAAUGGUCGGAAUGGACACUGUGCUCCCAGCCAUGCAGUGGCCAGAUGCGGACCCGCUCCAGAGUCUGCGCCUGCCCCAUGCCUCGACAUGGGGGUGCCCCAUGCUCUGAGGAGGAAAGCGCCCAGCAUCAGAAGGAGGCCUGUCCCAGCCCUGCCACAUGCCCAGUGGAUGGAGCCUGGAGCCCGUGGGAGCUGUGGGCUCCCUGCAAUGUGUGUCUGGGGCAGUCCCAGCGGAGCCGUACCUGCAGCCAGCCCCCAACCUCUGAUGGAGGCAGGCCCUGCAUGGGGGCCCACGUGCAGAGCCGCCCUUGUCAGGACAAUGCCACACAGUGCACGGACUGUGGUGGUGGCCUGGCUCUGCUCACCUGUGGGUGGCCCUGUCCCCGCUUGUGCCAGGACCUGUCCCCUGGGAGCAUGUGCCAGGUAGGCUCAACCAGCUGCCAGUCCAGCUGCGGGUGUCCCCCAGGCCAGCUGUUCCAGGAUGGACUCUGUGUGCACCCAGCCCGCUGCCGCUGCCAGUACCAACCAAGAGCCAUGGGGGUCCCUGAGAACCAGAGUCGGGCGACAGGAUCUGGGCUCAGCUCCUGGGAGAGCCUGGAGCCUGGCGAGGUGCUGACGGGGCCAUGUGACAACUGCACCUGUGUGGCGGGAGUUCUGCAGUGCCAGGAGGUGCCUGGCUGCCCCGGCCCAGGAAUAUGGGCCGCCUGGGGCCCCUGGGAGGACUGUAGUGCCUCCUGUGGGGGAGGGGAGCAGCUGCGCUCCCGGCGCUGUGCCCGGCCUCCUUGCCCAGGGAAUGCCCGGCAGAGUCGCACCUGCCACACUCAAGUGUGCAGAGGCUGCCCGGCUGGCCGCCUGUACCGUGAGUGCCAGCCUGGUGAGGGCUGCCCCUUCUCCUGUGCCCACGUCACGGGACAGGUGGACUGCUUUUCUGAAGGCUGCGACGAGGGCUGCCACUGCCCCCAGGGAACCUUCCAGCAUCAGCUAGCCUGCCUGCAGGAGUGCCCCUGUGUGCUGACAGCUGCGUUACUGCAACACCUGGGAGCUGCCAGCACUCAGCCUAGGGGCCACCUGGGACAGGUGGUUCAGCCUCUUCAGCCUGGGGAUGAACUGAACUCGGGCCAGAUGCUUCAUGUGGGCUGCAGCAACUGCUCCUGCACACAUGGGAAGCUGGCCUGCUCUGUGGAGGACUGUCCUGCCGCCAGUGGUGGCUUUGGUCCCUGGAACCCCUGGGGUCCAUGUUCUCGCUCCUGUGGUGGGCUCGGCACGCGAAGCCGCAGCCGCCAGUGUGUGCACCCCCUGCUGGCCACUGUGGGCCAGGGCUGCCUAGGGCGCCACCAGGAUCUGGAGUACUGCCUCAGCCCAGCCUGCCCUGGGGCUGAGGAAUCCACAGUGGAACCGGUGACAGGCCUUGCAGAUGGCUGGGGCCUGUGGUCUCCAUGGUCGCCAUGCUCCCGCACCUGCACAGACCCCACUCAGCCUGCAUGGCGCAGCCGUAGCCGUCCCUGUCUGUCCAACUGCACCGUGGGGGACCCCAUGCAGGAGCGUCCCUGCAAUCUACCUUCAUGCACAGAGCUGCUGCCCCUGUGCCCCGGCCCUGGCUGUGCACCUGGAAACUGCUCCUGGACAGCCUGGGGUCCCUGGGCGCCUUGCUCGCGCAGCUGUGGGGUGGGCCAACAGCGCCGCCUUCGAGCAUACCACCCCCCUGGGCCUGGAGGGCACUGGUGCCCCAACAUUCUUACCACUUACCAGGAGCACCGCUUCUGCAACUUGCGUGCAUGCCCAGUGCCUGGGGGCUGGUCGCGCUGGAGCCCAUGGUCCUGGUGUGACCGGAGCUGUGGGGGAGGCCGAUCCCUGAGGAGCCGCAGUUGCUCAAGCCCCCCACCCAAGAAUGGAGGUGCCCCCUGUGCUGGGGAAAGGCAUCAUGUCCGGCUCUGCAACCCCAUGCCCUGUGAGGAGGGCUGCCCAGCAGGCAUGGAGAUGGUCAGCUGUGCUGACCGCUGCCCCCGUCGCUGCUCAGACCUCCAGGAAGGGGUUGUGUGCCAGGCAGGUCAGGUGUGCCAGCCAGGCUGUCGCUGCUCUGAGGGGUCCCUGGAGCAGGAUGGCAGCUGUGUGCCCAUCAGCCAUUGUGAGUGCACAGACUCCCAGGGUCGCAGCUGGGCCCCCAGAAGCCAGCACCAGGAAGCCUGCAACAACUGCUCCUGCCAGGCCGGGCGUCUCUCCUGCACGAUGCAGCCCUGCCCGCCUCCCGCCCACUGCAGCUGGAGCCACUGGUCAGCCUGGAGUCUCUGCAGUCACUCGUGUGGGCCCCACGGGCAGCAGAGCCGCUUCCGGUCCUCCACGUCUGGCUCAUGGGCCCCAGAGUGUCAGCAGGAGCAAGUGCAGAGCCAGCCCUGUCCCCAGCCCCCGUGCCCACCCCUGUGCCUGCGUGAUGCCCGCCCCCAUACCUUGGGUGACAGUUGGCUGCAUGGCGAGUGCCAGAAGUGCUCCUGCACCCCAGAGGGCAUCAUCUGCCAAGACACGGAAGAGUGUGCAGUGUCUGGGGCCUGGACGCCAUGGACCCCCUGGUCCAACUGUCCCGUCUCCUGUGGAGGUGCAGACCAGGUCCGCAGUCGAUCUUGCACAGCUCCUACCCCCGGCCCUCACGGAACACCCUGCAGUGGCCCCAGCACCCAGACCCAGCGCUGUGGGCAGCAGCCUUGCCAGGGGCUGCUUGAAGUCUGUUCCUGGGGCCCAUGGGGGCCCUGCUCCCAGAGCUGUGGUCCAGGUCUGGCCACCCGCUUUGGGUCCUGCCCCUGCAUGCUGGCUGAGGCGGACCCCAACUGCACAGACACCUUCACACACCUGGACACUCAGGCCUGCUACCUGGAGCCCUGCCUGGAGGAAUGCGUGUGGAGCAGCUGGAGCAGCUGGACACGCUGCUCGUGCCAGGUGCCUGUGCAGCAGCGCUACCGACACCAGAGCCCCACUCCUGGAGGUGCCGGGGCAGGGACCCCCUGCACACGUCUGGAUGGCCACUUCCGGCCUUGUGUCACCAGCAACUGCUCAGAGGACAGCUGCACACCUCCCUUUGAGUUCCAGGCCUGCGGUUCCCCCUGUGCGGGGCUCUGUACCACACACCUGAGCCGUCACCUGUGCCAGGACUUGCCACCCUGCCAGCCCGGCUGCUACUGCCCCGAGGGGCUGCUGGAACAAGCUGGGGGCUGCAUCCCCCCAGAGCAGUGUAGCUGCUGGCACCCCUCAGGAGGGGAAGCCGGAGUCGUCCUGGCCCCUGGGGACCGCCUGCAUCUGGGCUGUAAGGAGUGUGAAUGCCGGGGAGGAGAGCUGCAUUGCACCAGCCAGGGAUGUCAAGGUCUUCUGCCUCUGAGCGGCUGGUCAGAGUGGUCGCCCUGUGGGCCCUGCCUGCCCUCCAGCAGCCUGGCUGCCACUUCCAGGACCGCCCUGGAGGGGCGCUGGUCCUUGGAUGUAGCCAGUCUCUCCCCAGCCUCAGGCCCUAUGUUGGCUUCAGAGCAGCAUCGCCACCGCCUGUGUCUGGAUCCCGAAACGGGGAGGCCCUGGACUGGGGACCCCGACCUCUGCACCUCACCCCUCAACCAGCACCGCCUAUGCCCUGACCCUGCAGUCUGCCAUGAUCCAUGCCAGUGGGGCCCUUGGGGGCCCUGGAGCACUUGCCAGGUACCCUGCAGUGGGGGGUUCCGGCUGCGCUGGAGACAGGCAGGGGGCACCCCUGGAGAAGGCUGUCAAGGGCCGUGGGCUCAGACCGAGAGCUGCAACCUGGGGUCCUGUCCAGGGGAGAGCUGUGAGGCCCGCAACACUGUGUUCACCCCUCAUUGUGCCAACCGAUGCCCUCGUAGCUGUGCUGACCUCUGGGACCGCGUGCAGUGUCUGCAGGGACCUUGCCUCCCAGGCUGCCGCUGUCCCCCCGGUCAGCUGGUGCAGGAUGGGCACUGUGUGCCCAUCUCCUCUUGCCGCUGUGGCCUCCCCAGUGCCAAUGCCUCGAGGGAGCUGGCCCCAGCCGAGGUGGUCCAGCUGGACUGUCAAAACUGCACUUGUGUCAAUGGGUCCCUGAAUUGCGCACACCAAGAGUGUCCAGUGUUGGGGCCAUGGUCAACCUGGAGCACCUGCUCAGCCCCCUGUGGUGGGGGCACAAGGAGGCGCCAUCGGAGCUGCCAGGGGCAUCCUGGAGGGACACCAUGCCAGGAGCAGGACACAGAGCAAUGGCAGGCGUGUGGUCUGCAACCCUGCCCCAAGUGCCCCCCUGGUCAGGUACUCAGCUCCUGUGCCACCUCGUGUCCACACCUCUGCUCCCACCUGCAGCCUGGUGCUGUCUGUGUGCAGGAACCCUGCCAGCUUGGCUGUGGCUGCCCAAGUGGGCAGGUGCUACACAAUGGCACGUGCGUGCCCCCUGCUGCCUGCCCGUGUGCCCAGCUCACUUUGCCCUGGGAACUCACCCUGACCUUUGAAGAGCGGGCCCAGGAGCUGCCCCCAGGGACUGUGCUCACCCAGAACUGCACCCGCUGCGUCUGCCAAGGCGGAGCCUUCAGCUGCUCCCCCGUCGACUGUCAGGAGUGCCCCACUGGGGAAAUGUGGCAGCAGGUGGCCGCCGGGGAGCUGGGGCCCUGUGAGCAGACAUGCCAAGAGACAAACACCACAGAGGCUCCUAGCAAUUGCAGUGCCAAGCAAGCCUCUGGCUGUGUGUGCCAACGAGGGUACUUCCGCAGCCUGGCGGGCCCCUGUGUCCCUGCAGACCACUGCGAGUGCUGGCACCAGGGGCAUCCCCAUCUGCCCGGAUCUGAAUGGCAGGAGGCCUGUGCCAGCUGCCGGUGCCAAGGCGGGAAGACUGUCUGCACCCAGCACUGCCCCCACCUCACCUGUGCUCAGGGCCAGGUGGAGGCACAGGAGCCUGGGAGCUGUUGUCCCAAGUGUCGCCUGCAGACUCUGGAGGAGAGUUCUAUGUCUUGCCGGCUCUUCACUGAGCUUCGCAACCUCAGCAAGGGCCCCUGCCAGCUGGACCAGGUAGAAGUGAGCUACUGCAGUGGGCACUGCCCAUCCAGCACCAACGUCAUGCCUGAGGAGCCCUACCUGCAAAGCCAGUGUGACUGCUGUAGCUACCGCUUGCACCCGGAGAACCCGGUGCGGAUCCUGAACCUGCGCUGUCCCGGCGGCCGCUCGGAGCCCGCGGUGCUGCCAGUCAUUCACAGCUGCCAAUGCAGCGCCUGCCAGGGAGGUGACUUCUCCAAGCACUGA